ACAGUGCUGACAACGUUCUGAAGCACCGAGUGCCGCCAUGAACGCCUCCCUCGUUUUCGUCGUUCUACUUGCGACCGUCUGCGCCGCGCAGCAAGAAAUUAAGCUACGUAAAUGUAAAGAUUUCGGAGACCAUCAGCUGCUCAAGAGCCUGAUGAUCACGCCUUGUGACAGUGACCCUUGUGCCUUUGAGCGUGGAGAGUCGUACAACGCCACUUUCAUGGCCGAAUCUCCCGAAGACAUCGAGGACAUGCACGUCAAGCUGGUGGUGCAGUCGCACACCGACUCCUUCAAGAUCAACAUGGUCACUUGGGACAGCUGUCACUUCGUCGACGUUCCCUGUACCGUGAAGGCCGGGGAAACGUUCAUGGGAAACGUCAAAGUACCCAUCCACAAGGCCUUCUCAGCCGGCAAGUUGACUGUCCGGAUCGAGGUGGGCCCUUUGAUGAAGAAAUUCGCCUGCGGUGAAUUCGACAUCGUGGAAUUGUAGAGCGACCGAGGUCCUUCCAGCGGAUUCUGUCGCGGCGUUCAAAGGAGAGCAAUAAAAUCCGGUUAUAAUCUCCA